GGUGAAAGACCAGUCAGAAAGACUUCCAAAGCAAGCUUCCUGAGGAAAAUGGGCACCAGGGGAAAAGUGAUCAAAUGCAAAGCCGCUGUGCUCUGGACACCUGGGGCCCCAAUGGACAUUGAGGAGAUAGAAGUGGCCCCACCAAGGGCAAAGGAAGUUCGAAUAAAGAUGGUGGCCACAGGAAUCUGUGGUACGGAUAUAAAAAGUCUGGAUGAUAAAGAGCUUUCCCAGUUUUGCCCCAUCAUUUUGGGCCACGAAGGAACUGGAAUAGUCGAGAGUGUGGGAGAAGGAGUAAGCACAGUGAAAACAGGUGACAAAGUCAUCAUCUUAUGUUUACCACAAUGUGGAGAAUGUAACACUUGCCUCACUUCCAAGAACAACAUGUGUAAGGAAAUUAGACUGUCAGGGACACAUCUGAUAUCUGAAAGCAGCAGCAGAGUCACCUGCAGAGGGAAGAUGGUGCAUCAAUAUAUUGCUAUAGGCACCUUUUCUGAAUACAUAGUAAUAAAGGAAAUCUCAGUUGCCAAGAUUGAUGAAGCUGCUCAUCUGGAGAAAGCAUGCAUAAUUGGCUGCGGGUUUGCCACUGGUUUUGGUGCUGCGAUCAAUUCUGCCAAGGUGACCCCUGGCUCCACCUGUGCUGUGUUUGGCCUUGGAGGUGUCGGUCUGUCUGUCAUCAUUGGCUGUAAAACAGCUGGAGCAGCCAGGAUCAUCGCUGUGGACACCAACAAAGAUAAGUUUGCGAAGGCCAAGACAGUGGGUGCCACUGAGUGCAUCAGCCCGCGAGACUUUGACAAUCCCGUUCAGGAAGUCUUGUUUGAUAUGACGAAUGGUGGAACAGACUUCUCCUUUGAGGUCACUGGAAACCCAGAAAUAGUGGCAACGGCCCUGGCCUCCUGCAGCAAGGACCAUGGGGUCUGCGUGAUCGUUGGAGCAAUUGCCUCUAGGGCUCAACUCAACAUCAGUAGCCAGUUGUUCUUCUCAGGACGUAGUCUGAAAGGGUCAGUUUUGGGAGGUUGGAAAACCAAGGACGAAAUCCCUAAGCUGGUUUCUGACUACACGACAAAGAAGUUCAGCCUAGAUCCACUAAUCACCCACACCCUGGCUCUCAACAAGGUCAACGAAGCAGUUCAGCUAAUGAAAAAUGGACAAUGCAUCCGCUCCGUCCUGCUACCUUAGUUACAAGAUCUGCAGCAUCCACUCCGUCCUGCUACCUUAGUUACAAGAUCUGCAGCAUCCACUCCGUCCUGCUACCUUAGUUACAAGAUCUGCAGCAUCCGCUCCGUCCUGCUACCUUAGUUACAAGAUCUGUGGCAUUUCACCACCUGGAUUUUGCAUAUCAUCAUGAUUUAGAAGAACCGGCCACACAACACUUUUCUAUGUUCUUGCCUUGACUCAUUCUGCAACAUUAUAUCAGGUUCCCUCACCUGACCACACCAUCAAAAUUGUUUUCACAUGACCCCCGGCCAUGCCAGUGCCAUGCAGGACAGCCUCCCUUUCACAGCUACGCUAAGGUUGAUGGGAACCACCCAACGGCACAUCCUGCAGAUGAAGGCACACCAAGAUGUUCCACAGGUGCAGCUGUCUCUGCCUCUGGACCCACAUUUCUUCAGCCACUGGAUCUUUCCCACACUGUAUGCAUCUACAUGUGAAGCUUGGCAUAUUGUCCACGAGAAUAAGAAUUCCCCUGGAGAAGCUACUGGAACUGAUAAACAACCGAGCAAACUUUCGGGUCACAAGACUCAAUAGUGUGGUUAUAUGGCAAUAGCAAGUUAUCAGAUACGGAAAUCCAGGAAGCAAUCUCACAGUUACUGUGAGAUUGGUCCCUCAGAUAAUAAUGAGGAAGAAAUUUAUCCCAAGAUAAUAGAUCUCGACAAUUAAAAACUAUAAAACAUCACAGGGUAUAAUGGUGUCCUUCUUUAAUCCAAGCACCUUGGUGGCCAAGGAGGGCCAACCUAUGUGACUUCAGGGCAUGACCGCUGACAUAGCAAGUUCUACAUAACUUGAUCAUGAUAAGCUCAUGACACAAAUAUAUACAUAUUUAAAUAGAUAAAAAUGAAAGCCAUUCUUUGUUCAUGAAUUAUGAAUUACAAGAAUAUUGUUAAAAUGUCUGUACUUCCCACAGGGGAUCAUAGGAAUCAUGGGUGAUGAAAUCGGAGGACCACAGUGAGCCAGCCCACCCUUUGAUGAUGCAGUCCACCCUUCGAUCAUCCUGGGAAAGCAGGCCCUGCCCGUCAGUGGACACGGCAGAAAAAGAGCUGGCCAUGACCCUCAUGGGAGAGCUAUUCCUCCUUCCCCCACACUGCACUUGGGAGUGAUGGCCCCACCCCUCACUAUAGGAUAGGAAGAACUGGCCCUGACCGUAUGGGCAGAGGGGAGCUGGUUUUGCUGCUUCCCUGAGUUGGGGCAGCCUCAGUGACCUGGAGUGACCAGCUCAACUACUGCCCAGGCCCACAGGUGGGCCUUUUGGGUUGGCGCACCCUAACAUCUACGCUGUCUAGGACCUGCUGGAGCUCAUGAAGGUACUGUUCCUGUGGAGAGAUGCCCACAGGAUCUCCAGGACCCGGGAUGGCUUCAAGGUAUCUGAGAGGAGUUAGGUGAGGAUCCACUGACGAUGCUGUGCCAGAGACCAAAGGCCUUGAACCACACCAAUGACUCAUUGCAAUGAACCUGUGAAAGACAAGUGUUACACAAAAGGACAUAUUGUGUGACGCACCAGGACUCCCAAUGUCACUAGGAUGAAUGCAGAGGUGUUGCAGAGGCGAGAAAGACAGAGGAGUAAAGAGGGUUUUUUUUUGGUUCGGUUGUGUUUGGUUUGAAUUUUUUUUUUUUGUUUUUAUCUGUGGGGGACACUGCAGGGGUGAGAAGAGGAUAUGGGGGGAUUGGGAUGUGAGUGGAAUUGGGGUGCAUAUUGUGAAAUUCCCAAGAAUCAAUAAAGAAAUUAUGCUAAAUAUUAAAAAAUUUUUAAAUGUCCAUACUACACAGAGAUCUACAGAUUCAAUGGUACAGAAUCUUACCAUAAAUACCAGCAAUAUUCCUCACAGAUAAAAAUAGC